AUGAAUCAACCAUCCAUUCCAAAACACAGGAAAGACAACAACUAUGGCACAGACAAAAUCUGGUAUUUUGCAUUUGGAUCAAACAUGGUUUACUCUGUCAUGAAGAAAAGGGGUCUUGACAUUCUGGACACUAGAACAGCGACUGUUCCCGGCUACGUCCUCACAUUCGACGUGUAUGGACUUCCUUACAGUGAGCCUGCAAUGGCUAGCAUCGCCGCUUACGAUGUCGAUGUGCAGGCGGGGAACAGGGACAGACCGCCAGAUGUGUGUGGAGUGGCAUAUCUGCUGUCUGUGCGAGAUUUCCGACGACUCGUCGCCACAGAAGGUGGUGGUGUUGCCUACAAAGAAAUCCAAGUCUCUGGAUCUGUGAUUACUGCCGAUACUGAGUCCAUUACCUUGUAUACUCUUACGGCCAUCUUUCCCCGGCGGCCCAAUGCCGCGCCGAGUUCAAGAUAUCUGGGCCUCUUAAUACAAGGUGCGAAGGAGAGCGGUUUGCCGGAGUCCUAUCAGGCCUAUCUACGCUCACUUCUCAGUUUCACUCCACCGAAUACAUUCCGGGAGAGGCUUGGUGCUUGUAUCUUUCUCUUCUUUGGUCGGAGGAUUAUGAGACAGCUGGCAGGAAUGGUCAAAGCCGCAACGAAUGAACACGGGGUCUGCCCUUCCUGGUAUGGAGAUUUGAUAUAUUACAUCUACACCUCUUUUUGGAUAGUUCAUGAUUGGAUGUUUGCCCCAGUCUUUGGGAGGGGUGAUGGAGGUGGAGUGGCUUAUGGACCUCUCGUUCUCGCUGUUGGUUAG